AUGAAGAAGCACCACUCCGUGCAGGGCACCUUCAGCCGCCUCUUCGGCAAGAGGCACGGCGCCGCCGCCGCCACCACCUCGCUCUUCGCCACCAACCCGCCCUGGAUCUUCACCCAGGAGGUCACCUCGGACAGCGCGGGCGGCACCGGUGAUGUGAUCGAAGUGUAUUAUGGCGAUAAUCGCUUUGGGACGAUGACCGACUCUGGAACAGCAACACUCAAGCCUCGUCCGAGAGUCCGGCCGAUGCUGACUUUCUUACCCCUCAAUGCCCAGGAAUCCCAUGGGGUGGCUGUGCCAACGCCGUCAGUGCCAGAAGACUUUGAAGAAAAAGCAGCUCUUGGCCCUGGCUCCCAGAUCAAUGGGAACUACCGAAUGUACAGUUCAGUGGGGGACCUGCGCCCGCAGGCUCUUGACGGGGAUGAGCUGGAUGAAGACAUCCCUCCGCCACCAUCAGUACCCCCACCACCCCCUCCAACAGCAUGGGCCCCCACGCCACCGCCUCCAGCCUCACCAGCCCUACAGCCGCCUGAAAUGCGGCCGCCUUCACCACCACUGCCACCACCUGAGACAGUGCCGCCACCUCCUGCCAUGGCACCUCCACCACCCCCAGCCUCCACCCUGUCCUCCCCUGGCACGCUGGCCCCUCCGGACUUCAUCCCGCCGGCCCCACCGCUCUCCAAGGCCCCUGUGCUCUUCACCAACGGCAUCUCCAAGUGGAAGUCUGAGACUGUGCUGAACACGAGGCAGGCGGAUGCCGAGGGACCACUCCACACCACUGAGGCGCAGGUGCCAGCUGCCCCCAGCCCGAAGGAGAGCCUGCAGCCCCCCAAGCAGUGCCCCGAGCCCCAUCUCACCUUCCCCAGGUCCUUCAAGGUGCCCCCUCCAGCCCCAGCCCGGUCCUCCUCCAUCCCCGUGCAGGAGAACCAGCCCACCCAUCAGGAGCCCUUCACCAGGCAGACCCAUGCCCGGCCUCCCCUCCCGCCAUGCUUUACCAUAAGACCUGCGGCCAAGGCUCACGUGGGAGAAGCCAAGGAAAGAAAUCCCCCGCUGAGACAGCCCAUCACCAAGCUGGCCGUGCCGGCCCCUCCACCGCUGAGCCCCAAGCCAGGUCCAGGGAUCGUUGGCCGGUCCCCGCUGCCCAGCUCAGAGUCAGAGAAGAGUCCCCAGCCAAAAACCACCAACAAAGACUCUCCUCUGAAACCCGAAGUUCUCACUGCAAAUGACCUGGAGCUGCCUCCUCCGGAUUACCCGACCUCUGAGGAUAGCUGGAAGGAUGCCGGCAACCUGAGCAGGCUGCAGCAUGAGCUCUCGGCCCUGCUGCACUCCCCCAGGAGGGAGGAGAGGCAGCCGGAGGUGCCAGCAGCUCCCCGGCCCGCAGACGGCAGCACCAACCAUGCUGGCAACCAUGUGCCUGGCCCCAACGGGUCCCAGCUCACCGGGCCUCCCAGGAAGGCUUCGCCAUUACCCACAGGAGGGGAGACUGAGAGGAAGGAGGGGCCCGGCAGCCCCCCCAGUGAGGCACAACCAGCUCCCGAGAGCAACCCGGCCGUGCAGACCCACAGUGUGAUGAAAAUCAGGAACGAGCUGGAAGCGGUGUUCUCCCUGAAGAAAGAAAGAAAGCCUGCCCUGGGGCUCACUGGCCAGAAGCAGGGCCCCGAGAAUGGCAGCAGCACCCCACGUUUGCGGCCGAGCCCCUCUGACCCGGGUGAUGCAGUGCUGCCAAAACCAGCCCCGAGCCUGCUCCCAGCCCCAGUGGUGGCUGCUGCUGUUGCAGAGGAGACGACAAGGCAGGAGGAACAUCCCGUUCCUGUCACCCCUGCUGCUAACAAAGCCAUGGAGAGCUCGACCACUGCUCCCCAGUCCCCUGACAGCAGUGUGAGCGCCCCAGGCCCGCCUCAGAAGCCAGAGGAGGAGCCCCCUGCUCCCGCUGCCCCAUCGCCCCCCAUUUCCCCAGCACCGCACCCUGGUGCUGCCAUCUUCCAGUACAAAGUGCACCGGGCCGGGGCUGGCUCGGCCGAGCCUCCCUGCCCCACAAACUCAUCCGGCAGCUCCCCGGGAGCCUCGGGCCCGGGGGAGGAGGAGGUGCUGAUCCACCCCGUGACGGGUGAGCGGGUGGAGCGGGGCUCCCCCAUGGCACUGCUGCUGGCGGCCCGGCAGCGUGCGCAGCGGGGCCGGCCGGGCAGCGAGGUGGGGGGCCCACCGCGGGCAAAGCCACCCCCCAAACUCGGCAGUGCCGCGUCGGACACCACCUCCACCACCAGCUUCUACCGCCACGAGUCCAGGCCCUACUCCUUCACUGUGGUGCCCCGGCCUCUGUCAGGGACAGGACAGAGCAAGCUGCCAUCCUUCUCCAGUUCCUCGGAGCAGGGAUGGGUGGCGGGCGAGGGGCAGCCCCCCGGGCACCAGCGGGCCACUGCCUCCAGCCUGCUGCGGGGCCUCCUGGAGUCGGGUCAGCCAAAACGCCCCGAGCCCCCCAGCUCUGCCAUGCCCAGGGAGGACGAGGAGGAGGAGAAGAACGGGGAGAUGACACUGGACUACGCCAUCAUCCCGCCACCCCCUGAGUUCAGCAACGAGGCAGAUGAGGCUGACAGGAUCCCCCAGAGCCAGGAGGGGAACCGCAAGUGCCCCAGCUUCCCCGACUGCAGCCGGGGCUCGGAGGCACCACGGUACUUCAGGUGGCCCGGCUACGGCCGUGGCUACAACUACGGGAACAGACAGGAUCCCUUGGAGCAGAGCAGGAGGAACAGCGACCUGACACCCCACUAUCCAGAUUACAGUGGCUCUGCUGGUUACUUCGGCCGUGGUCCAAACAGCCGCCCACUCAUCAAAAAGCGGCUCUACGUCUCUGAGCCUGAACGCUCCUACCCCAGAGCAGCUGCCCGGGGCGCGGGCGCGCUCUCAUCCUAUGGCCCUGGGGCAUACAGCUCCUCGGCUGGGGAGGGGGCCCGCCGCCUGGGCUCUGCCCACCGGAAUGGCCCCGCCAGCACGCAGGGCAGGCGGACAUCCAUCGAUUCGGCUGGGAAAGCCGGGCCGUACAGCAGUGCUGACACCAAGUACAAGGCGCAGAAUGGGGAUUUCUCGGCAGCCGGCAGACCUGCCCACGGCAGCUCACAGUACAGCGGACCCACCAACACCUUCACAGUCAGACCCGGGACACGGCAGCCUAUCUCCUAUGCCUACCAGAGUGGUCACCGAUAG